CAAGCAGUAGUUUGAAAAUGGUUCAAGCAAAACCAUAUAGGAUGACCAGCUGGUCUAUGCCCCAAACGCGAAGCAACAUGGUCGUCGGCAAUGUAUCUAGAAGAUGACGACCUUAUAUUACUUCAAUUGACGCGGUAGUAGUCAUCGAAUCUUCAUCUGUUUGCCCGAUGAGAACUUCAUUGACUUUGACUCGACUAGCUAAAUCCAGUAGCAGAAGAUUAAGGUCUCGUCGAUGCGUGUUUCAGAGAAUGCUUGGCUCUCGUGUUGUGGAAUCAAUGGAGUCCAUGCAGCUCGCAUCAAGAUUCGUCUUCUUCCUCUUCCUCUUCCUCGUUUCCUUUAUCUGGGUAAUCCCUGACAUGGCCCUGGCUCAAGCUACUACAGAUCCACUUGAAGUACAAGCUUUGAACCGUAUAUUCCGACAUUGGAACCUGGUCGCGCCGCCGAACGAGUGGAACUUCAGCGGAGAACCAUGCAGUGGCGUCGCCCUCUCCCCAGCCAGCAUCGACGACUCCGGCUACCAGCCGUACAUCAGAUGCAAUUGUUCUUAUGACAACGGUUCCGUCUGUCAUAUCACUCAACUGAGGAUCUACGCGCUGAACGUUGUGGGUUCGAUUCCGAGGGAGAUAUGGAGCCUGAGUUGCCUCACAUAUCUGAACUUGGGUCUGAAUCUCUUGACGGGAUCAAUAUCGGCGCAGGUCGGCAAUCUGAGUUGCAUGCAAAAAUUGCGCCUUAAUGCCAAUGCGUUCUCCGGGGAGCUUCCGAACGAGAUCGGAAGUCUUACUGAGCUGUUAGAAGUGUCAUUCGCAGAAAAUGACUUCUCUGGUUCUCUACCACGUUCUCUUGGAAAUCUCUCAAAGUUACAGCAGUUAUACUUCUCUAGCUCAGGAAUCAGUGGUGAGAUUCCUUCAUCUUGUGCAAAUCUUACAGAUUUAAAUACCCUGUGGGCAUCUGACAAUAAUCUCACAGGCUCCGUCCCCGACUUCAUAGGAAACUGGCUCAAACUUACUGAGCUGAGGCUGCAAGGCAAUUCUUUUGCCGGUCCAAUACCAUCAACCUUUUCCAAAUUAACCUCUCUAAAAAAAUUGAGAGUAUCCGACAUUUCUAAUGGCAUCUCUACGCUAGAAUUUCUGGCUGACAUGAGGAAUCUCACAACUUUAGUUCUGAGGAAUAACAAUAUUCAUGGUACUAUUCCACCAUAUAUCAGUAGUAACGAAAAAUUAGAGCACCUAGACUUAAGCUUCAAUAAUCUGAAUGGAUCAAUUCCAGAUUCCAUAUUCGCAUUAGGUUCACUUUCUUAUUUGUCUCUCGGAAGUAAUAAGUUGAGUGGAGCCCUCCCCUCAAAGAAAGGCAUCUCCCUUGUUUAUAUAGAUCUCUCUUACAAUAACUUAUCCGGCAACUUUCCUUCUUGGGUCAAAGAAAAUAUUCAAAGUAACUUCGUUGCCAACUACUUCACAGCAGAAAGUUCAAAUAGUGGGGACAUGCCUUCGGGAUGGAUUUGCCUUCAACGACCAUUUCGUUGCAGCCAAGACACAGGAGUUAAUAUCAGUUUUGCGAUCAAUUCCGGGGGUCCAGUAGUUAAAUCUUCUGAUGGAACUCUGUUUGAGGAUGACUAUAACAAUGGCAUUGGUCCAGCUUCGUUGUUUGUUAGCGAGACAAAGAGGUGGGCACUUAGCAAUGUUGGGAUUUUUACCGAUGCUACCAACUACCAAUUCACAUGUUCAACCUCCAACGCCAUCUUGAAUACGCUAGACCAAGCUCUCUUCCAAACAACCAGGACAUCUGCGUCAUCAUUGAGAUACUAUGGGUUGGGACUCCAGAAUGGCAACUACACAGUGAACCUAGGGUUUGCAGAAACAGCUUUUCCAGAUGGUAGCCAGUGGGCAAGUCGGGGAAGGCGUCUCUUUGAUAUAUACAUUCAGGGGAUUUUGAUGUCAAAGGACUUUGACAUUAGAAAGGAGGCGGGUGGGAGGUCCUUCCGAGCUGUCGAGAAGGCAUUUAAGGUUCAGGUAUUUGAAAACUAUGUUGAAAUUCACUUCUUUUGGGCUGGAAAAGGGACAUGCUGCAUGCCUGCUCGAGGUAUAUAUGGACCAUCUAUUUCAGCUAUUCGUGUUAGUCCAGAUUUUACACCUACUUUUCCAGACAAGAGGAAGAAUAUGAUGCCUUUGGUCGCAGGGAUUGCAGUUAGUGUUGGAGUGAUGUCUUUUCUACUUACUUUUGUAGCUAUUUAUUUUCUCAGAAUAAGGAAAAGGCGAAGCUCCAAUCAAGAGACAGAUGCCCUGAGAGUUGCUACAGGGGCAUUGACUUUCAAUUAUUCAGAGCUACACAAUGCUACAAAUGGUUUCAGCCUUGCUAAUAAGCUGGGCCAGGGUGGUUUUGGAAUUGUUUAUAAGGGAAUACUUGGUGAUGGGAGACUUGUUGCUGUGAAGAAACUCUCUGCGACAUCUGACCAAGGAAACAGUCAGUUUCUAGCAGAAAUUGCGACGAUAUCUGCUGUUCAACAUCGCAACCUCGUGAAGUUGUAUGGAUGUUGUGUACAUGGUGAUGAACGCCUCCUUGUGUAUGAGUUUCUGGAGAACAGUAGUCUCAAUCAUGCCUUAUUUGGGAAAACAAGCCUUCUUAUUGACUGGGGCACUCGUUAUGAUAUAUGCUUGGGUGUAGCACGAGGACUGGCUUACCUUCACGAAGAAUCAAGAGUUAGAAUCGUGCACAGAGAUGUGAAGGCCGGCAAUAUUCUGCUUGAUUCAAGUCUUAACCCAAAAAUUUCAGACUUCGGAUUGGCGAAGCUUUACAGUGAUACAAGGACUCACAUAAGCACUAAAAUUGCAGGGACAAUUGGGUAUCUGGCGCCGGAGUACGCCAUGUGUGGGCACCUGACUGAGAAGACUGAUGUCUUUGCCUUUGGCGUGGUGGCUUUAGAGAUUGUUGCUGGAAAGCCAAAUUGUGCAUCCGAAGGAGCAGCGUCUCUGCUUGAGUGGGCCUGGCACCUGUACGAGAACGAGCGCCAGGUCGAAAUAGUGGACCCUAGAUUAUCAGAAUUCGAAGAGGAGGAAGUUAAAAAUGUGAUUCACGUGGCCCUCCUCUGCACCCAGACGCAGCCGUCCCUAAGGCCACCGAUGUCCAGUGUAGCGGCGAUGCUCCUGGGCCGUACCAAUGUCGUGCCUUCAAAGCCAGUUUACCUGACUGACAGCAUGUUUGGCGGUGCAUCGACAGAGGGAGACUCGCGCGAUUAUGGCUCGUAUCCCGGUAGUACGACCCUGGCCAACACCGGAGAAAAGUCGCCCCCGAAUGACACCGAGCCAAUCCGAUGGAGAUACAGGAAGCUCACUGAUAAAGCGGCCAAUUGAAUCGAAGGUAUCUCUUGACGCAACGUUGAGAUGUGAAGAUUAAGCCGAAGCAUUGUACGAUGUCUAGAGACCGCAUUAAGAAUGAAUAUCCACAAUGUGUCAUUUCUUUCACAGUAUUGACCGGUUGUCUUCAUCAAUCCGGCGACAAUUCCGGGGAGGGCGUCCAUUAAGUAAAGCUAUUUUGCAUAUACAGGUAAAGGAAAGUAGCAACUGUUCUGGUUACCAGCAUCAUAGUGUCAUAGAAAAGCAGAGUCCAGUGUCUCCUCAUGGAAUGUUCAAGUCAACGACCAUUGAAGAGUUGACCGAUAACUUUGUCACUGGUCUAAUGCGUACAUUUGCCAUCUUAAAUUGUUGGAAUAAGAACAUCAAAUUCACAGGUA